UGUGUGUGGGUGACAUCGAAACAUUUCGUGCAUUUUGCUUUAUCCGCGUAAUAAAUUAUUAUUUGAAUUAAAUGAAUUCUGACUGAAAAUUAAUGGCUUACAUCGUCCAUAAGUUGAAUUUAAUGUGCGCGUGAAAUAAAGCACUGUACAGUAGUAUUAUCAUUGAUUUAUCAUACAAGACUUUAUUGACUGGUGUGAAAUAAAUAUAUUUUUGUGUAAAAAUGACCGCGUCUACGAUGAUCGAGUUGGAGUCCUGGAUAAUCUACCAAUGUGUCCUAAAUGAAUGCCAUGUGUCCAGUUGAGCGGCAGAUAUAACGAGUUUACAUAUUUCCCGAGUUCCUUUGAGUUUCCUCCAUGGUAUCCACUUCGAUGGAAGGUGGCGCGUGGUGCGCCCGCGACAUUUCGCUGCGCGCGCAAAAGAAGUUCCUCUCGCGCGUCGGCGGCGCGGCCAGCGCGCGCGCACUCGUGUUGGACGAACACGCCGCCAAGUUGCUUGACCAGUUCCUCACAGUCCUCCGAGAGCGAGUUGAGAAGCGGGAAGCGGAGAAGUUGGUGAAGCACGUAAUCAAAGCGGCCGUGAAGCUGGGAGUGCUGCGGAGGCACGGCCAACUGUCCGCGGCGGACGACAGGGCGCUAGCGGCGUUUAGAGCCAAAUUCCACACGGUUUUGAUGGCGGUGGUAUCAUUCUGCGAGGUGGAUUUCUCAUACGACCGCGGAUUCCUGCAAGACGCUCUGCGGGACUCUCAUCAAUCACUCAAAUCAGUGGUAGAACGCCACCUUUCCGACAAAUCGGUGUCUCGUCUCGCCGGCGUGUUUUCCUUAGCCUCCCGAGGGGAUCUCCUCGACUCCUUAUUCGCUGGGGAAGUGGACGAAAAUGUCCUCAAACUAGCCCGAAUGCUCCGCAAAGAACUCGACCGCGGAUUACUAUAAUCCGGUCGAAUGCAGUCGCAUGCGCCGCCAGCCGUCCCACUACCAAAGGUGAACCAUCUCAAUUAGGAGGUUUAUAAUGAACGAUUCUUCAUUGAAUCAUAUUAAUGUUAUCUCCAUAAAUGGAGAUUCUUGAAUGUUUCUCAGGGUCUUCACAGGUUUGACUCGAAUGUGGGGUUAACGUCAUUUUGAUGUGGAUAUUUCUGGACAAAUAAUCGGAUAAAUCUAAAAUAGUACUCUAAUUGGAGUCUUGAACCACAGUAAUAAUCUGAAUGCUAAGACAAUAUUCAGAUUCGAGCGUUCUUAUUAUUAAUAUUAUUAUAACAUAAAUUAUCGUGGAUCUGAAAGAUCUUUACCUGUUAUCAAAAGAUGACAGAGGCUAAGCAUUUCAAAAUAGGUAUAUUAAUUAAGAUUCAAGUUUGUAAAAAGAAUGCCUAAUUAAAUCAAGACUAUUUUUGUAUGUCCAGAUUUAAGAAGAAACAUCCGAAUUUUUGCUUGAAACUGUGUCGUAAUUUCACACGUAGUGCUUAGAGCAAAGUGGAGAUUGCAAUGUUACUACUCUCUAAGUACCUAGUAGUAUUUUUAAAUUUGGUAGAGGUUAAUUUAGUUGCCACUUUAAUUUGGACGUAAGAAACUUUGUAUGUAUUGUAAGUGACACGAGACAAUGUUGACUUAAACUUCAAUUUAAAAAAAAAAUAUGGGAAUGACAUUAAAAAAAUAAAAUUUUCUUAGUUGCACUAAUUUAUAAGUGCUAAGAAGUUGUGACGUCUUACUUCGUUAAAUGCCAUAUCCUGAUGAGAGAAAAGUUAUUAUACUUAAAAUUAUAUAAGAGCAUUUGUAAAAUUUAUUUUGCCAUGCAUUUAAGCAAUUCUGGGAUUAUAAUCUUAUCUUUUACUUAUUUAUUUACUUAGCUCUAUUUGGUUAGCUCUCUCGUUAUUUAAUUUUAUGUUUAUAAAUUACUGCCAUCCUGAUAAUUUAAUUUUCCAUCUUUGAUAUAAAAUUUUGCAUUUGACAUUUUAUAUUUUGCCUAGAUGGCGCUAAAUAUUUAAGUUAAAAAAAAAAAAAAAAUCAAAAAUAUUUUUAUUUUCUCUCAAAUAUCAAGUAGUAAAUGCAAUAGGUAAGAAUAUGAAUAUGAGAGACUGGUGUCUGAACUAGGCAGAUGCCUGUAUCUCAGAAAACCAGCCUCCCCCCACUUGUGGUUAACAUAAGUCAUGAUAUCUCAUGCACAAUCUCAUAUGAAAACAAAAAGUAUUUAUUUAACUAAACAUAUGUAGACUAUUACUGGAGUAACUAUAUUAUACAUAUAUUGAGACAAAUGUGUAUAUAAAUAAACAUUAGUAUAUCUACAUAUAUGUAUUCCACAUUAAAAUACAAAAAUACAUAGAUAAAUAAUUAUCCCGAGAGGGAAAUAAGCUGACAUCAUGAUUUAAUUAACUACAUUUAGCAAGUCUUCAGUUUGGUCAUAGUUUAAGCCCUGUAAGUAAUUUGAGACAAUCUUAGAACAACUAUAUUUAAGUAGGCAGUACAAGUGAAAUUGGCGAUUUAAUUUAUUAUAUAAAUAUGGUCCCAGAAAACAGAAAAAGCGGUGUGAGAAAGCUGUAUUAAAAGAGAGGGAUGGAAUAAAAGGAGGUCUUCGAACUGAUCGGGAUGGGACAGUAGUGACCUUGUGUUGUUUCAUUAUAGUAUUUAGUAUAAAUAAUUGUCUUACAGUAAGCACUUGACAUUCCUGAUAUAAAGUAAAAGUUGAGUACAGAAAGGGUUUGAAUUACAAGUUACAUUUUAUUCAACUGCAGUUUUGAAAUUAAAUCUCUGUAAUGUAGACAAAGACCAAAAGCGAGAAAAGAACAUUAGAAACGUUUUAAAAAAGGAUUUAACACAUGGAUUUAUUUAAUGUUGAUCACUGCGGAUUAAGAUCAUUAGCGCCAUCUUGGUUCGAACUUCCAAAAUUACACUGUACGUUAUGUUUCUCACAUAGAUCAUCACUUAGGCCUAAGUACCAGUUUUAUAUUCAUCUUUAAUAAUAAAGUGAAGUUAAAGUUGUAAAAUCAUUUAAAAUUAUAUCAUAUCAAUAUUCCGAAAUAAACAAAAGACUAAGUGAGGAAUACUCAGCAAGGAAAUAUUUGAUAAUAUUAUUAAAUUACUAAAAUUUCUCUUAUAAGUGAGAAUGUGUGAAGUUUUAUAAAGUGAAAUGUGUUAACGAUUUAUCAUUAAAUUAUUUUUAUUUCAGGAUAUUUUAUUGUUACGUUCAACGGUUGAAAUUUGGGUUGAUAAGUAAAAGUUUUAUAGUGUCACCUAUUCUUAGGAAACUGUGUUUUUAUUUUCGUUUUUUUGUAUCGUUAAUUAAAGCUGCUUUUUGUUUGAGCAUGUUAAAAUAAAAAUCUCAUUAAAAUGACAGAAGACCUCACAACUGUCGCGUAAGAAAAGUUUCCCUAAAAGCUUUAUUUUACACAAGUAAGUAAUAUACUAUUUAGUAAUAUAUAGAUACUAUUACAGCACUUAUCCUUUUACAUAUUUAUGAAACUGUCUGAUUUUUUUUAGAUAUAGUAUUAUUCAAAAACCAAUAUUUGAGAAAUUGAAUAAAAAGACAAGUCAAUCUCAUCUGUAAUUGUGUGUAAACUCACGUAGUAAUAAAAAAAAAAUUAAACUGCCCGGUAUUUUAAUUCAAAAAGGCAUAAGAGCAAUGAAACCAAUGUAUUGGGAAUAUUUAUUGAAGCAAGCGAAAUUUGGGAAAAAAAUCAUUUUUACAUUUGGAUAUAAGAAAAAUAUGAGUACAACAAAUAAUAUCAGUAUAGGUUGAAAUUUAGGUUCAGUUUUUACAUCACUUUAUAAAAUGGAUGAAAAAAUGAACUUAGCUAUUUACGAAAGCGGGAAGAAAGAUACUUACACUUAUAUAUAUAUAUUAUAUACUUACACAUCAAAUCUGUAAAAUUAAUUGCAAUAUGCCCUAAUUUAUUGCCAGUAUUUUAGAUUUUUAUUCAAAUUAAAAAUACUCAAUUGUACUCAAUUCAGACUAUGUCGUUACACGCGUCUUGCCUUGUAUGUUAUUUAGUUACUGAAAGGAAAUGCGCAUUUAGUAGCUGUAAAUAUGAUAGUAUUAUAGAAUUUGUAAAUUUAGUAAUCCGUGAAUUCAUGGAUUUGUAUGUAAUAAUUGUAUAAUCAUAAUAUAAUGAGGGGAUGAUAAUUGAAAUAUUACCAAAUCACAAUUUCAUAUUCACAGUCCAAUAAAUGUAAAAUAAAUAAUUAACAAUUAAUUUUUCCGUGAAGUAUUUGGUGCAAAGAUUUUUAAUACAUUGACAGCAUUGUCACGUUGAAUUGCUAUGGCAAUCCUGCGCACCAGAUAAGCCUGUGAGCGCGGUUCCCCACUUGUUUUGAAUUUAAGGUACCAAGAAGAAAUUUAGAAGAUAAAAUUAUUUCAUAAGGAUGUGUUAAGGACCAUGUGUAUUCAUGUAAUUUUAUAUCGAUUUGAAACAACACCAGUGAUAAGAUGAUAAAUCUUAGCAGUCACCAGGCUUGUUCAAUACCAAUGAUUUUAUUCAUAUCGAUUAGCAACAGCCAUACGGUUAAAAAUUGAAAUGAAAAUGUGACUCUAUGUUAUCGCUUUAUACAUACCUACAUACCGUCACGUCUAUAUGCCUUGCGGGGUAGACAGAGCCAACGGUCUUGAAAAGACUGAAUGGCCACGUUCAGCUAUUUGGCUUAACGAUAGAAUUAUCGCUUUAUCCCAUAAAUUAUCUGUGUGGUUUAUUGUUUGUACUUGUAGAUAUUCUGCAGUUACCAAUGUAUUUAACUCGUUCAUUACGAAACAAGAGCUAAGUUAGUAUAAGAAUUUAACAUAAUGUUAAUCUUUAAUUUGUUAAUUCAACGUUUUCAAAUUAUAAGUUACGAACUAAUUUAAGACUGCUUUUUAUAUUUGUGCGAUGAUUUUUAGGUUUGUAGGAUCAUGAAAAUAAUCAUUUUUACAAUAUUUCGAAGACAAAUAUUAAUCGAAUUUUUUUUUUCUAACUCUAAACUUUGUAACUAUAUUAUAUCGUAAAAUUUUAAAAUUGUCUCAAUAACAUCUUGUAUUUUCUAUAAUCGACAUAUAUUUCGGACCAAUAUCUCUUAACAAUAACAGAGUUGAAACAUAUCUGAGCGAAAUUCAUAUCUGUAUCUAGCAAUAACUUGUCUGUUUGUUUGUACUGUUUAGCUCGUAUGAACUAUAUCUUGCCUAAUAUCACUGUUAAGCGUUAAUUGUAACUUUGACGUUUGGCUAAAACUUGUAUGAUUGCGGGUAACACGGAUUUCUGAAGGAAUAACUGCACCUUAAUGUUUUUGUAGAUUUAUUUAUUUACUUAUUUAUGUACAUCAAGUAAAAAAAUAAGAAUGGAACUUAUUUCUAGAGAAGUUCUCUUUAGUAUAUGUAUUUUUUUAAUUUGUUACUUUUAUAAAGAGACUUGAUUUUUACGAAUUAAGAAAGUUGUUUGCUUAAUUUGAAACACCUUUUUUCAUAUAUGUAAACAGAAAUAUUAUAAACUAUUGAACUGAACUUUUCAAUCGUCAGUCAAAGAGUACUUUUUCAAUUCAAUUUGAAAUAAGUGAUGGGCUUACAACCUAUUACUCUUAUUUCCCUUUUUUCAACAUCUUACAACCGAAUUCUAGAGACAGAGACUUUAAAGCACACAAAAAAAUGUUGUGAAAAUUAUUUUUUAUCCAAGUGUUGUUAUUCCUAUCAAUUUGUUGAUAUGGCAUCGUUAUCAGAGAAUACAGAAAUGUGAUCUCUGUAUUUUGUGAUCAGUAUAAAUGCUUACGGACUAGACGAAAUCUAAGAAACGUCCACAUAGAUUGUAUAACUAGACGAUAUGUUACUGUUCACUUAUCACAUAUAGUAAAAUGGCACGAUUUGGAAUGUUAUCUGUAUUAGCAAUGCUCGGAAUUAUGGCAUUAUCUGUGGAAAUAUUCUGCUUUCUUUGCGAAAGUUUUAGUAACCACAAUGACCACAUGCAGGCUCUGGCUUAUUCUCUAGGAAAAAAGAAAAUGGAACGAAUGCCAGUGGGGCUGAUCAGGAACGUUGAUAAAGCAUAUGUCCUUAUCUUGCCGCUAUUUCUAUUUCUUCGGUUAACCUUAGAGCAGUAAUAGAAAAAAUGAGACAUAGGUACGCCUUGUCGACGUUCAUGAAUAAGCCAUUAAGAGGGUGAUGAUGAUUGGGUAUAAGGUUGGAGACUCUCAGGCUAGCUGAGUUAAGGUCAACGCUCACUUACGUCUAAGCGUCUGCUGAAUCAUUAUCUUCUCUAGGGGAAUGAAAAAAUAAUUGUUUAACAAAAAAACUUCAUCAAAAGCAUUUGGUGUAGGAAUGCAUACCUACAGUUAACCCUUUGCAAAUUUGUGCAAAACAAUAAAGUUUUUGAAAUAUGAGCUUGUAGACAAUUAUACACAAGCUUAUGUAUAUUGUAUACAAUCUCACAUUUCAAAAAAAAAUAUUAUAACACACGCGUUUCAUACGUGAACGGUGACGCAUAAGUCGGCUGCGUCCUUAAAAAAAUACAUCUUAGAAUUGUAUUCACUGCUAAUAAAUCUCGGGCGAUAUCGAAAAUAGACACAUCAAAAUCGCUACAAAUGGUCUUUACGAAAAUAUUACAUUAGUAUGUGAUAGAAGUGUUUGUAAAUAAAUGCAUUUCUAGCCUGUUACGAAGUAAAUAAGCACUAUAUCAUGACAUUUUGCAUGUAGAUAGGGGGAGGUAGCCCUCCCUUGCUAGUAUAAGCAACGAGGGUGGGCAUUCCCGCUGUAAUGUAUGUAUAUUUUAAUAUUUGUUAAG